UUCGUCGUCAUCUUUAGUGCGUCGAGAACGAAGAAUCUUCCGGCAUGGAAUCCAGCCUGUGGCGCCGGUAUCUACUUGUGGACGCUGAGACGAGCGACUACUUUGACUGCGCCGAUGUGGUUGGUGACGGCUUCUUCCAGGGCAAGGCCAUGCUUCUAUGCGUGAUCUCCCUCGCUAUCCUGCACUCUCACACCCUGGCGUUCGCGCUCAUCUCGUUUCCGGUCGACCACUGGUGCAGACCUCCCGCGUAUCUUGACAACCUCACUGACGUGGCAUGGAGGAACGUUGGCAUACCGCAGAACGCCAACGGGCAGCCAAGUUCCUGCCGUAUGUACGAAGCGUUGAACAGUACCGCAGACACGAUCGCCUGUGACUCGUGGUACUACAGCGCAGAUCGUGCCGCCUCGACCAUCGUGAGCCGAUGGGAUCUGGUGUGCCACCGAGCAUGGUUGCUCCACGCUGCCAAGGCGGCGCACCUGUUCGGUGCCGCGCUUGCAACGACCGCCGCUGGCUACGUCGCGGACCACUUCGGCAGGAAGCCCGUUGUCAACGCCGCGACCACAAUGCUCCUUCUCGCAGGCUGCGCACUGCAAUUCGCGGAUUCGUACGCGAUUUACUUGGCCGUGCGUUUCGUACUGUAUGGCGCCGCGAGCACCCUGUUUGUUGUCAUAAACGUGAUAUUUUUCGAGGUGUGCCCGCACAGCUGCAGAACCCGCCGUCUCAGUAUGGCCGCAUUGCUGGCGUUCGGGCCCUGCGUGCUUCUCUUCCUUCUGCUACACGACAGCCGGCUCAACUGGAUGCAGCUUCAGAUGGUUAUGGGCUCGCCCACGGCACUUGCGCCGCUGUUCUUUCUGCUCGCGGUGGAAAGCCCCCGGUGGCUGGUAGCCACCAAGCAGUUCGACCGGGCCGAGGCGGCAGUCGCAGCAGCUAUUAAAACCAACGGCUUCGGUAAGCCGGCCGACGCAGCUGCCGCACUUAAAAGGCUGACGAGCACGGCAAGCUCCAAGGUGGUCUCUCGCAAAGUCACGGUAUUGGCUGUGCUACGCAUCGACCUCGUUCGGCGCCGUGCCACCACUGUCUUCGCGAGCUCGUUCGCGGCCACCUUCGCGUAUUACGCGCUCACACCGACCACGGCACUAACUCGGGCGUGGGGCGGCCCGGUGUCGCUAGUUGCAACGACGGCGGCGUUCCUCCUCUAUUUGCUCGUCUUCAACCAUGUCUCGAGGCUCCUCAUGGUGAGCGUGAACCUUUCGGCGCUGGCGUGUUGUAGCUGCCUCGCUUCGCUGAUGUUUCGGAUUAGACAAGAGAUGCAGGGCCGCGUCUUCCUGGUGUUCGCCCGGGCCUUCUCCGUGACCGGAAUGAUGGUGAACUACAUAUACGUGCUCGAGCUUUUCCCCACACCGAUACGAGGCGUGUUUGUCUGCACGACAUACGCGUGCGGCCGAAUCGGAGCCGCAAUUGCCGCCGUGCUGGAAAGCUUCUAUGGCGUCGCCCAAGAGGACUCUCUGCUUGGCUUUGUUGUGUUCGUCGUGUUCAACGUGGUGCUCCUGCUGCUCCGCAUCAGGGAGACCGAGAACGAGGCGCCCACAGAGCUGACGACGGCGCAGCCGGUCGCCAAGAGUGCUGCCGCCACCAGCAAGCUGGCGGCCAAGAGCCCUUCGGCAGAACAGCGCCUCGACCUGGACAGGACGGAAGGCGGUGGCGAGGUGGCUCCAAAGGAUGAAGCUCUCUCGUGCAGCUCCCCAGACCCUUGCUUCCACACGCUGCCAGUCCAGGACGCGAGUGCCAACAAGGAACCUCCCACGGUCACGAUUAUCGCGCCAACAACGUCGUUCCACUAGCUGCUGCUCGAUUUGAUGCAAUGGCGCUGUUCUCGCACUCACCGUUCUAUACUUUGUGCACUCAGAACCGUGUCAGCGCUCUGACGGUGCGCUAUUGAUGUUUCAGUUGCAGGCAUAAAAUGUCAUUUUCGACA